AUGAUUUCUGAGUUCUCACUAAAAUUACAGCGUCUCGUGGCCUCUCAAGGAUCCACAAUGCUAUUACGGCAGACUCCACUGGGCCACGAAAGCUUAGGCCAUAAUAGAUUUUGUUAGGCUUCAAGGUGCCACAAGAGUCGUUGUAGUUUUGUUGCAACAGACUAACACGGCCACCCCCGGAGUUCUCAUUAAAAAAAGGGAGUGGAAGUGACAGCUGCCCAUAGGAAUCAAUGGAGGAAUGCGAGAUUUUAUGGCUGCUGUGAGAAGGCACCAGCGUGGCCGUCCUGAAACAUAAGCUCAAAGCGGCGAACACGGCGUGACCAGAUGGUCUCCCCCAUCCAGGCACUGGUGGCUUCCGGAAUGCCCGUUGCUUCUUCCUGACCUCCGAGAGUUCGUUCUUCAUUAUCCGCUUAGAACACCAGGAGGCUGGUUUUGGAUGGGACUUUUUCCAGCCCACGGCUCGCUCGAUUACGUCACAUCCUCUUUGCUUUCUUUGAGGAGAGCACAGAUCGUGGACGGUGAAGCUGUUUCGGUCACGAGGGUUCUGUAUAGACAUCCAAAGGACGUUCUGUGCACACGUUAACACUUAAAGGGGCAAAAACACGUUCGUGUCGCGAUUGGUCUUUUUGCAGAGUCUAUCCCAGUUUCACACGGAGGCCGUUGGAAGUAUGGGAGUCACCUGUGUUUCUCAGAUGCCAGUGGCAGAGGGGAAGAGCGUUCAGCAAACAGUUGAAAUUUUAACAAGAAAACUGGAACUACUUGGAGCAGAGAAACAGGGAACCUUUUGUGUAGACUGUGAAACCUACCAUACUGCAGCCUCCACAAUGGGCAAUCAAGGGCAGGCUGCCAAGCUGAUGUACGUGAUGCACAAUUCCGAAUAUCCCCUCAGCUGUUUCGCUCUCUUUGAAAAUGGCCCUUGCCUCAUAGCAGAUGCCAACUUUGACGUCCUUAUGGUGAAACUGAAAGGCUUCUUUCAAAAUGCCAAAGGGAACAAGAUAGAGAGCCGGGGCACCCGCUACCAGUACUGUGAUUUUUUGGUAAAGAUUGGCACUGUUACCAUGGGGCCCAGCGCCCGUGGUAUAUCUGUGGAGGUGGAAUACUGUCCGUCUGUGGUAGCCAAUGACUGCUGGAACCUCUUAAUGGAGUUCAUGCAAAGUUUCAUGGGAAGUCAUGCUCCUGGAAUCCCUUCUGUGUUCAGCAAUAAGCAUGACAGCAUCUACAGCCCAGCUGACACAAUGAUCCAGUACAUGGAACUCUUCAAUAAGAUUCGCAAACAGCAGCAGGUGCCUGUUGCAGGAAUCAGAUGAGGAAAGCUUCGUAAGGCCUUUCUUCACAGGAACAACCACUUUGCUGAAUCAUCUAUUGAAAGAGCAGUUCCAUUGCAGUAGUCCAGAUUGCAUUUGUUUCCCAUUAAAUCAAUGCAGUCUGUCUCCCUAAGAGGGAUAGAAUUAAUUCUGUCUCAUCUCAAACCUCAAGGGGUGUAUGUCUCUGAGAUAAUGGCAUACUUUGCCUUAAACUGCUAUCUCGGUGAUUUGCCUUAGGUUCUUUGAGUAAGAUUCCUGCAACUGAGUGAAAAUUGGAGGAAAACAAUCUUGCAAGAGCCCAUAGGUUCAAAUUGUGUGCAAAUGGGAGCAUGGGCUUUGGGAUCCCUUAAUUUCUUUAGCUGGCUAUGAACGAACAUGAAGUUUAUUUCCAAGACAGUGAAAAUAUUUUAAUAUAGCUUUCAUUAAAAGAGCUUUAUUUUUGUACAUGGUGAAUGCUGUGGAUGCUAUCUGUUAGCAGAAUUUAUCUUAGAAAUGUGUGAAAGUUUUAUAUUUUGGGUUAAAAUGUAAUGUAUCUUGUUGAAACAAGCAAGAGAAUUAGCUGUUGCCCUAUCAGUUUUUAAGCUCUUGACAUCUCACCAUCUUCAUAAAGCAGCUGAGAAGAUUAAAAUGUUUAGGCUUUAGGUUGAUAUUGUUGAAGUCUUAUGGCUUAAUUUGUCUGUCUUCUAUUCUAACAUCUGCUGGAACAGAAAAAAUCCCUGACCAUGCAAUACCUGUACAGAACCAAGACUUCAGUCAAAAUUACUAAAAUGUCAGCAUUUUUUGAAGAAGAUGUUCAUACAUUGCAAGUUCUCAAAAUGUUAAACAUUUUGUUCAUUAAAGAAGCUAACAUUUUU